AUAUAUAUUUUUGUUUUGUAAUCAUAACAAUCAUCAUUAUUAGAUAUCAUUAUCAUUGUAAUAAUCCUUUUCCUUACGUAACUUGGUAGCUUAGAACGUAGCUAUUUUCAACUUGUUCUAUACAAGAAUAGAAAAUGUCGAACAGAGGAAUCGAUUCGAUUAAUAAGAAACAAUAAGAGUCGAAUAUAUCGAGAUCGUUGGCGAGAAACGUUCCUUCGCCUAAAAGUCAAUAAAUUCUCUCCCUCUCUCUCCCUCUCUCACUCUCAUUCUCUUUACAACCGCGGCAAGGGAACCUUUGUCCGAUAAAUCAACGUCGAUUUCAUCCCUACGCGAGCAUCAAUUACAAGACCUUCUCGAGACAUUAAUUUAUUGUUGGAAAGGAACGUAAUCUACCGACUCGUUGAUAUUAUUCGUCGCCGUUUAAGAGGAAAAGAAGAAGCGGACACAUUUCGGAAAUCACAAGUGCAUUCUUUUUGACGGGACAGAAUACCCCCUCUCUCCCUUUCCCACCCCCUAGCCGCGAAGAAAAAAAAAGAAAAGAAAAAUCAACGAAAAAGAGAAUUUCAAGUUGAAAUAAAUAUAUAAAAGAAAAGAAAAAAAAAAAGAGAGACAGUUUGUAGCAGCUUUUGGCAGCGAUACUACUAAGAUGGCAGACGAGUUAUUACUUUCUGCAUUGGGAUUAACGACGGAUACAAAUUUCGAUAGACCACUACCGUCACCCUGUAUACCAAAUCUUCCUUCCGAAUACGAAUCCUCCUGCAGAACACCUUCGAGCGAUGAUUCAGAGAUCAUCGAAAAUCAUGCAACGAUACCUUUGACAACACCUGUGGAAUGUUACACCGAAUUAACGUGUUCUCCAAAAGAUUCGUGGAACGAUUGGAUGACAAGCGCAUCUACAUCUUCCUCGGGUUGUUUGAGCGAAUUGAGCGAAUUAGAUUCGGAAUUGGAAUGGUGCUUGGACAAAACAUGGAAUUCAGGUCUCCCAGAAAGAACGCCACUUUGUACAGCAGGAUGUGAAGGAUUUUUACACUUGCCUUUGCCAAAUCCGCAACAAGUAUUCAAUCAUGACGAGCCUUUGCUUGUACUUGGUAUCGAUUUAAGGGCAUUAGAAAAUUCGUUAGGAUCGGAAGAAAUAAUUACAGAUUACAAUAAUAAUCAAUUAGAAGAGAAUCUACUUAUUUCAUCAGCAGCUACUGCAGCAUUGGCAACUCACGAUUAUACUAAUCGUAAUUUGACUAAUGCAGUCGAAGACAGAUGUUUUCCAUGUACCUAUCAAGGUUGUCUAAAGGUCUACGCGAAAGCGUCUCAUUUAAAAGCUCAUCUACGACGCCAUACUGGAGAAAAACCGUUCGCCUGUACAUGGUCGGGUUGCGGAUGGCGUUUCAGCCGAUCAGACGAAUUGGCGAGGCAUAGAAGAUCGCAUUCAGGAGUAAAACCCUAUCCUUGCGAAAUGUGCUCGAAAAGAUUCGCACGUAGCGAUCAUUUAGCUAAACAUCGUAAGGUGCAUAGAAAACAUACUUAUCCAUUGUUUCAAAAUGGACGUGGAUUUCGUAGUGGAAAAACUAACGUAUUACCAGAGAUUUAGUGUGAAUUUUCAUUCGAAAGAUUAUUAUUUUUGUUUAGAAUUAUAACAACAGAAAAAAGAAAUAGAAUCCGUGGAGAUUUGAAAAGUAUAAGUAUAAUACCUCGUGCAAAAUACUCGUGUGUAUGUUAUUACGUGUUUCAUAUAUACGUUAUGAAAUGAAAGCGUUAGAAAAUAAAAGUAUACACACUUUAAAGAUAAUAUCA